CACUGAGACGCCGUUGGGCGCAGUCGAAUGCGCGGUAUUCGCGAACGAGUCCUUAGCAGAUCUGCUUCGAUAGCUUGUGACACGUUGAUAUCCGUGCAAUCGACUCGAUAUUCGGUUUAUCGAGUGCUCUUUGUUCGGAUUCUCGAUCGGUUGGUCUCCGUUUGACUGGAGAUUUCGUUGAUUAUCGUUGUCAAGGGAUCUUUUGGACAUUGUUGAUCAAGCAAAGUUAUCGAGAUGAUGCACACGAUGAGUGAACAUACCGGAGGGCCCGGAGGGCUGGGAGUGAGCAUGCUGCCCUUCGAUGGUGUGGGCCUGUACGAACAACCGAGGCCCAGGUUCAUCUUCAAGGUGCCGAAAGUGGUCCCCGAUCAGAAGGACAAGUUUGGCAGCGACGAACUCUUCAGGCGACUCUGUCGCGAGAGCGAGGUCAGAUACACCGGUUACAGAGACAGGCCGGUGGAGGAACGUCGAGUGCGCUUUCAAAAUGGCUGUCGAGAGGGUCACACAGAGAUCGCGUUUACGGCGACGGGUACGAAUCUUCAGCUCGUUUUUGGUAACGCGUCUGGAAACUACGCAGUGGACUCCAGCGACUGCGAUUUCGAGAAGGACUGUGGCAAGGUGCACCUGAGGUCCCAGCUGAUAAUGAACGGAGUGUGCGUGCUGUGGCGCGGAUGGAUCGACCUGGAGAGACUGGACGGUGUCGGUUGCCUGGAGUUCGACGAGAAACGGGCCGCUGAAGAGGACGCUGUGCUUCGCGAUCAGCUGGAGCGUUACAGCCAGCGAGUGCGCGAGUUCGACGAGAAACAGAGGGCGUACAGAAACGUAGCCGCGCAGCCACCGCACCUGAAUCACCAUCAUCAUCAUCACCAUCACCACCACGGGCACCACGGGCAUCACGUGACGGGAACUGGCACGGGAACGACCAGAGGAAUCGAGCCUCACCUCGCCCACCGACAGGAUCCCGAGUUGGAAGGCGGACUGAGGGCUUACUGAGGCAGCGAGAAGCUCGCCAGCAAGACCUCUUGACUUUUCUCCGAUCCCGGCUCACGUCCUGAUCGCCUUUCAGUGUCCUGGAAGCUGCCAGAAGGUGAGAAUCGCGCGACAUACGCGGCGACGUUGGUUCCCGAGAAGUACAGAUCGUUUGGUAUGUGAUUCGAGGGAUAGGAGAUCUCUGCGAUCAGGAAGUGCGAUGCUAGAGGGGCGUUUGUAAUGUUCUGGAGGGUGGCUUGCGUUUGAGUCUGACGAUUUCGAGUAGACGAAGUACUUUCGUGAGUUUGAAGGCUGGUGGAGGAAAGGUCGGCGACACCACGAGCCGAGACGUUUUAGGAAGCUGCGCGGUCCAAGAUGACUCGACUCGUGUAUGGAUCGAGGUAUCCUAAGUGAGAACUGUUCCACGCGUGAAUCAAGGGGUGUCCGUGUUAAAAAUGUGAGGGAGUAGAAAUCUAGUACUCCCGAGACCUGAGGAAUUAUCGACCGACGCAACGGAAUUUUGUCAACGGAUCGAAGAGUACCUACCUUCAAAGCUAUUAUUCACCUGUAUCGAAUCGAAGGUAACGAUGGUCCUUUGCAAGACACUCUCCCAACGUUGGAGACGUCCUUCUGAAACCGUGAGAUCCCACUCCGAGAGUCCCCACAUCGUGAAGAGUUUUGUAAUCAAUUGAAGAUACGCGUAAAGGUCCCUCGAACAAGAUCAAGGACCGGUAGAUUGACCGAAUGGCGUUAAUCCCUCUCAUAGAGCUUGAUCCAGCUAGAUCCUGUCAAUCUUCUGACGAAAGGCGGUCAAUGCGUCCGAAAGAUCGAUCGAAUCGAUGCAACGCGAAGUCACACGGUUAACAUCGGUGGUUCAAACGUUUGGAUCCGAGGUGAACUCUCCAAAGUAUACAAGGAAUCUGUAUACUGCACCGUCGAACUGUCUUUGAAGUUUGAGAACGUCGCAGUGAGCAUCGUCGCAACAACGCCGAAUUUCUAUGUACAAUUGUAACGAUGAUAAGGCACGCUAGUCGCGUAAGGUUUUGACAGCGUUUAUGGAUUCUUCCCUACGAAUCCUUGGGGAUUCCAUCAACGGCGACGCUCCGUUCGAACGGACAGAGAGGAGACAACCCUGCAAUUGUUUUUUUUUUUAUACGCGACGUUACGGAGAACCUUAACGAAGCGUUUCGUUUUCUCUUUUUCUCUGGUGGACGAAGAGAGUAUGUAUCGUUAGGGGAACAAAUAUAGCGAUUUUACGCGAGUUUACAGCCUCGCGUAAAGUGAUACCGUUUCACUUCACUUCGUGGAAGUGUUGCGAGUCACUUACGCGAUUAAGUAGAUCGUCAUAUUUGUUCCAUUAACUAUACUAUUAGGUAUAAGGAAUGUAUCGUUAGUCAAACGGUAUCACGUCGCAGCAACGAAUCUGUAGGAUGACUCGAUCGAAAGAAAGCUCACCAUUUGUGGUUCGGAAUGGAUACCAAGAUUGCGUGUGCCUCGUCGCGCCGUGCAACGGAACUUACGAAUUGAUGAAAUUGCUUACGAGUGUGUUCUACGAGUAUUAAAUAUGCAACAUUUGUUGUUC